GACCAAGGGGGCAGUGAGAGGGGGGGAGAAAGGAGGGAGAGACCAAGGGGGGAGUGAAGGCAGGGGAGCCUGAGGGAAGGACCAAGGGAGGGAAAUGAGGCAGAAAUGAGGCUGGUGGAACCAAGUCCCUUCCCCCUCGGCGGAGUCAAAAAUCAAUGUUCUGUGGUGUGAGGAGGGGGAGCCUGGGACCAAGAGGGUUGAAGGAGGCUUGGAGUGGGGGAAAGGAUGAGCAAGUAUUUCCAUGGCAACCAGGACCCAGUGCUUCCCUGAAUUUGGCAGAGCCAGUCAUACCUCAGGCCCAGUCACCUGGGACCCAAGAGGGAGGCACUGAGUAAAUUAAGGAUGGGAGGGGGGAGUGGGCCAGCGCCCUGGGGGGGUUCUAAGACGGGAGUAGGAACAGACACAAGGGGGGGGUGAGGGGGAGUCUAUGGGAAAAAAGGGGAAGAGAGGGGACUCCCGGAUCCUGCGAGGAGGGAGCUGGGAAAUACCAGGCAUUUCUCACUCUGUCCCUGGUGUUGGGAAUCCUGGAAACCCAGAACUCUGUGUCUGUACGAAUGUGUGUUUGUGUGUGCAUGUUCAUUUGUAUGAAUGUGUGUGAACAGGGAUGUGUGUGUAUAAGCAGGGGAUUUUGACAUAGCACAUACAUGCAUGAUCACAUGUGAAUUGUGGGAUCAUCUUUUUCUGGGAGACAGGAAUCUGUCUGGGAAUAAGUGUGAAUAACUGGGGAGUGUGUAAAUGUGUGUCAGAGAGUGUGUCUCUGCCCAUGCAUGAUGUGUGUGGGAAUGAUAGAUGGGAACAUGUCUGGGAAUGCAUGUGGGGGGUUUGUGUGUGUGAAUGGAGCUGUGUAAGCCUGGGAAUGGGAGGGGGGGUGCAGUGCUGGCUAUGUAUAUGAGUGUCUGUGUAUUUACCUCCUACCCAAGCCUGUUUCUGUUCUUUGUCUGUCCCUCUGUCCCUCUGUCUUCAUCCCUCUCCCUCUCCCUCUUCCUUGCUUCAUCUUCGCCUCCACCUCCCUCACCCCCUCCUCCCCACCAGUGUCUCUCUCUCUCUCUCUCUCUCUCUCUCUCUCUCUCUCUCUCUCUCUCUCUCUCUCUCUCUCUCUCCCGCUCUCUCUCUCUCUCUCUCUCUCUCUCUCUCUCUCUCUCUCUCUCUCUCUCUCUCUCUCUCUCUCUCUCUUUCUCUCUCUCUCUCUCUCUCUCUCUCUCCCUCUCUCUCUCUCUCCCUCUCCCUCUCUCUCUCUCUCUCCUCUCUCUCACACACACAAGCACGCACAGCCGGACUCCGCUCUCUCCACCUCUGGAAUCUCCUCCUAUUUCUGCGUUCCCUGCUGUUACCUCUCCCUGCACCUCCUGAGGCACCCUUUCUGCUGUCCCCCUGGUUCUCAAGCACCUGUUGGACCACAGAGACAGGGGGGAACGUGUGAAUGAGGGGCCGGAGGGGUGACCGUAUGACCAUCAACAUCCAGGAGCACAUGGCCAUCAACGUGUGCCCUGGCCCCAUUCGACCCAUCCGGCAGAUCUCUGACUACUUUCCUCGGUUAGGGCCUGAGGGUGGAGGGAGUGGAGCAGACCCCCAAGCCCAGCUCUCCCCAGGGGCUGGGGCUGCAGCUACACCCAGUCUGCCCACCCUGACUCUGUCCCCUGGGGCUGGUAUUCGAGGGGCUGGAGCCUCUGAGGAGGGGGCUGAAGUGGACAGCUAUGACUCAGAUGACACCACUGCCCUGGGCACACUGGAGUUUGACCUUCUCUAUGACCAGGCAUCUUGCACCCUCCAUUGCAGCAUUCUCAGGGCUAAGGGCCUCAAGCCCAUGGACUUCAAUGGCCUGGCUGAUCCCUAUGUCAAACUACACCUCCUGCCUGGGGCCUGCAAGGCCAACAAGCUGAAGACCAAGACUCAGAGGAACACACUGAAUCCCGUGUGGAAUGAAGACUUAAUGUAUCGGGGGAUUACUGAUGAGGACAUCACUCGGAAGGUGCUCAGGAUCUCUGUUUGUGAUGAGGACAAACUGAGCCACAAUGAGUUCAUUGGGGAGACCCGGGUACCACUGCGGCGUCUCAAACCUUCCCAGAAGAAGCACUUUAACAUAUGUCUGGAACCACAGGUCCCGUUGGCAUCACCUUCCUCUAUGACUGCUGCCCUGAGAGGCAUUUCCUGUUAUCUGAAAGAGCUGGAGCGAGCAGAACAGGGCCAGGGCCUGCUGGAAGAGCGGGGCCGAAUCCUGCUCAGCCUCACCUAUAAAUCUCAGCGUCGGGGGCUGCUUGUGGGUAUUGUUCGAUGUGCCCACCUGGCAGCCAUGGAUGUCAAUGGCUAUUCAGAUCCCUACGUCAAGACGUACCUGAGGCCAGAUGUUGAGAAGAAAUCAAAGCACAAAACAUCAGUGAAGAAGAAAACUCUGAAUCCUGAAUUUAAUGAGGAAUUCUUCUAUGAGAUGGAGCUCCCUGCUCUGGCCACGAAGACCCUAGAGGUCACCGUCUGGGACUAUGACAUUGGCAAAUCUAAUGACUUCAUUGGUGGGGUGUCCUUAGGUCCCAAUUCACGGGGAGAGGCCCUGAAACACUGGGGGGACUGUCUUCGAAGACCAGACGUGACCCUGGAACGGUGGCAUACCCUGACCAGUGAAUUACCCCCUGCUGCUGCCUCCUUCUCUACCUAAGACCCAGAGAAGAUCCCAGCCAACCAGCCCCACCAACAAAGGCUACUUCCAAUCAGAUGAAGAAAGAGAAUGUGGGAGACCAGGGGCUUCAGUUAGGUGGCUCCCCCUCUUCACUCUUGUGAAGUGAAGAGGGUAUAAGGGUUGGGAAGAGGGAAGCCAAGUUCUUUAUCAUCUCUUUGGGCUCGGGAAGGGGCAGAAGUCCAUUUGUUUCAGCCCAGGGAAGAAGAGAACUUGGCAACAGGCUGCUUUCCAGAAAGAGGCCCUUAAGAACCUUAGCAAGAAUGGGAGCAAAGAGGGGGCAAGGAAGAGCCCCCUCUUGGGGGUGGGGGGACCACAGGGCCAUGUGAUUGUUACUCAGCUUCGCACGAGUGUGUUGCACGUUUACAUGGGGACAGGGGAGGGAGAAGCUGCUUCUCCCUCUCCCCCCUCAACACUUACUGUCUUAUUUUGUGAGAUUCACUUUGUUACUGUGGGGAUGUCUUUUUUUGUGAGGGGAUGGGUGGGGCUAUAUAUGCAAAUUUCCUACUGCCUGAUGGGAUAUUAUAUGCAAAUGAACCAUACCACUCGCAUGUGCAAGGGGAGGGAGAGAAUUUAUUGCCCCCUCCUUCCCCCCAACCAGGUCAUUUCUCCUCUUGUCCACUUCUCCAAGCUGCCCCGGCUAAACUCCCCACAGGGGGAGUAAACCGGAUAAGGAGGGGGUUAAGGAGGGAGAAAAUUUCAGAAAACAAAAUAAAACCACCAAGCACCCCUUUAAUAAAAGUCUGCAGUAAAAAACAAAAACAAAACAAACUAGCCCUAUCUAGCUGCCCCAUUAAAAUGGUAGCUGGUGCAAGGGUCUUUGCCUUCAGGGAGGGGAGGCAGAGGUCCCCUUGGCUGCCCCUUUUUCUUCUGGCUGCAUCCAGGGCGAGAGGAAGGCAAAGCAUAUGGCAGCAGGGGGUGAGGAAGCCCUGUGCUGACCUCUAGAGUCCAUCUGCCUUCCCUGCACACCACCGGCUGCAAAUCCAAAUGCGGCAUGUGCCAGCUUUCAGGGCUGGGGGCUGCCUCCCCGCCUCUUCUUUGGGGGCGCCUUGCUGCAUGUUUACGCCUCUUCUGAUUGUCAAUGUCCAGACCAAUAAGACUGGGCAUCAAUAAAUGUCUCCAAAAACACA